AGAGAAUAUUCCCCGAAUAUGCUUCCCCUCCUCCCCUAUAAAAAGAGUGUUUGCCAUCAAUGUUGAGGAGGCCAAAAAAAUUACUCCUUCCCUGCCCAAACUUCAUUUCUCUCUCUAGAGUAGUAUGUAUUUUUUCUUCCAAGAAGCUUCAAGCUUCCACUAAUGGCUUCUGAGCCCAAUUCAUGUAUCGUGUACAGCCCCCGAUAUUAAUAAAAAUCCCCCGUUGGCAAGGUACCGCCAAAAAAGGCCCGUGAUUUUUCUCCCGAUUUGGGUUUCCACGUCAAAAUUCUUGUGUUUAUAUUUUGGUGUAUUUUUUAGACUAGUUUAUCAUUUUUGCCCGGAUAAAAACGAUAUACCGGUCGAUAAUUUACACCAUCAUUUUGGCUCCGACCGUGGGACCCAAGAACAAAAAGCUUCAUUUUUUGUUCGGCCAUCUGACAGAGCCUAAAGGGUGAGAAACAAAAAAAAACAGUAAAAACUUUGGAUAUCCUCCAGAAGAGAGCAUUUCAUUUUCUUAAAAAAGUGAAAUGGUUGAGAAUUGAAAAAGGAGGAAGAAUAAAUCAGUAGAGGAAGAUGAAGACUAUCGCUAUUUUGGAGGGAUGUGUGUCUUCGCCAUAGAGAUCUCACCGCCCGUCGUUUCCAAAAUAAGCGCUGAAACAAAGAGAACUUCCACUGCCGUUCAAAAUGCAAUUCCACUUUACUGCCGCUGCGUCACCACGGGACACCAGCAAAACCCCCAAAUUGGAUCGAUACGACAACUGUCUCUGGAAGGUUAACAACACCAUUGCCGCCUCUUCUAAGAUUUUCUUCAGAAUCACUCUCUUGAUCGCCCUGCUACUUCACCGUCAACUACUCGCCGGUCUCCGAUGGCUCUGGCUACUUCGCGACCGUCCACUCCACCACUCAUAACUUGUUCUUGUUUGCCUUCUACGGCGGUGGCGCAUAUUGAGAGAAGCAGGUCUGCGCGUCGUCGGGUCCCCGCUGCACCAACGUGUUCUCCGUUCUGGUCACUGGCGCCACCGGCAUCGUCAGGUACCCAUCUAUCAUGGCGCUCAAGAAGCUGAUGACGUCUUGGGGUUGGGAUAUUUUAACCCUUAUUACGAUUCGUCCAGCAGGCAGCCACUGCCAUAGCCGGCGCUACCCCGGCGGGCUAUCGCUCUGAGCUAUCCCUGUUUUAGCUAUUUACCACUGAAGUCUAAAUUGCUAGACAAUUAUGGGUGGUGAUAGAGGGAAGUUCGUGAGAUGAUAGGGUUCUAAGCCCCUUGCGGAUGUCUUCUUUAACCGUGGGACCGAAGAAGAGAUAAGUUUAUAUAUCUCAUUCAACAAAGAAAAACGAGGGAGAUGAAAAAGCACAAUCUCAAAUUCUAUUUUUGUCAGAGGAUAUGUCAAGACCCAAGCUUUAGAGUAAAAUCUUCAAAAGGAUAUGCCGCAGCCGAUGCUCAGACCCGCCGACGCCGCCACUGCCGACACUUAUGUGCCUCCGUCACCAGAUGGUUGUUUUUUGAUCCCACCGCAGCCGAAGCCAUGAGCCACCAUGCCAGAAAAAAUCAAAUCCCCGAUAGAAGCCAAUCAUCGCCGCCGACGAAGUAAAUUGACGCUGCUACAAAUAUCUGUCGUCAUCCCCGCCACUGCCGACACUUACACUGCCGCCACUGUCGUCAUCCCCGCCACACUGGAAAAAAUCAAUCCUCGGUUGUUACUGCCGCAGCUAUGUCCGUACCCUUGGCUAAUACUCCCUCCGUCCUUCUGUAUUUGUCCACAUUUGAUUUUUGGAACUGUUCAUUUAAGCACUUUGACUCAUUAAAUUCUCUCAAUGUGUAAGCCUAAAUAUAGUCAUGUGUGAUCUUGUUUGAUUUGUCUUAACAUAUAGAUUAUUAAUAUAUAAUUUUUAUAAUUUUUUAAUAUACAAAUUAUAAGAUAAAAUGGAUUAAAGAAAUGCAUUGGAUGGUG